AUGGAGCGAAGGGGAAAGGAGGGCGAGGGAAAGAUGGCGUCGACCAUGGACCUCGUGCUCUCGAGGUCCGCAUGGAGAGAAACCAUCCUUCAGAGGCUCAGCGACAGGAAUAGGCACGAGACACUCCCUUUCCUCGACUUGAUCGCUUCUUACAAUCAAGUGUACCAGAGUACUGACAUUCUGAAGGUUGAAAAUCUUCAACUGAAAAUCCAGAACGAUAAACUGAGAGGGGAAAAUCUGGAAUAUCAGAGACGCGGUAGUGUCACCUGCGAUGGACCUCCAAAUGAACGCGUUCAGGUGCUGGAGCAGAAGCGAUUACAGCUUCAGGAGGAAGUGGUUGACCUUCACCGGAAGAUGGGCGAAUAUUCCCAGCAAGUCCUUGAUGUCACCGCCAGGCUCCAAGAAAGGGAUACGGAGCUCGAACACAAACGCAAGAGGCAAGUUCUUGCCCCUUCUUUCAUUCUGGUCUUGGAGCUAGAGGGGGAGAUCGAUGGGCUGAAGCGGGAGGGAUUCCAUCUGAGAGCAACCAUCGAAGAGCUGGAGGCAACCAAUCAAAUGCUCAAGGACGAACAUCAGGCCCUGCAGCUCGCCUUCGCUGCCCUCGAGGAGAAAUAUCGCAGAGUCCAGAGAAAGAGCGAGGAGGCUCUCGUUUACGGUACUCCGAUCCUGCCGAAUGACGACCGUUAUCGGCCGCAUCGAAAUCGGAAUGGAAUCGAGAUAGCGAUGAGUCCACGACAGAGUAUGAAGCUGCAGAUGGGAAACGCGCUGUCAUCGGCAUCAUCCCCAUCAGCCAAAGUGGGUGCCUUGCCGUCGGCGCCAGCCGAUCCGGCUCGCACUCGCAAGGAAGAAAACACUGAGUUGGUUGAGAGAUGGAUGAAGUUGAAGUCCAUCGAUGCUGAUCGUCUGAAUGAGGAGAAUGAGACAAUUGCCAAGAAUAAGCAGCAGGCCAUGAAGAAGGAACUGGAAGAAGCAGCCAAUGAGCCAAAGAAUGUGGACUUAGCAGGCUUCCAGCUGGAUCUCCCAAUCACAUGUGGCAUCCUUGCUGUCCCCUCCUACCCGAUUGCCUCCCUUGACUCGCAUGAGGGGGAGGUGAAUGCUGUGAAAUGGAGUCCCUCAGGUCACAACCUUGCCACAGGUGGCUCUGAUCGCAAGAUCAAAAUCUGGGAAGUCUCAAAAGUAUCGGGGAGUUGCUUGUGCCGUGGCGUGCUGACGGGCAGCAAUGCAGCUGUGAUGUCUCUCCAUUUCAACUCCGAGGAGAAUCUUCUUCUCGGAGCAUCAAACGAUUUUGCAUCUCGGGUCUGGUCCUUCAGCGACCAGCGUCUUCGGCCUGCCGUCGUGAUGAAGCCACUGGCGUCGCGCAUCCUUCGAGAUGUCAAGUAUGGCACACUCGUUCGGUAUAUCUCUUCUUACGCCCUAAGGGACUUGUAA